AUGGCGGACGACGAGGACGCGCCAUCACUGAUCAAUACGAAAUUCAACCGAGUGCAAAGUGCCGUGCGACGGGCCCGUUCGCCUCCCCGCAACGAACACAAUCAAAUGUACUGCGACCAUGUCAACUGCACGGGAAAGAACCAGACAUUCAAGCGAGUCUGCGAAUGGAACAAGCAUAUGGACCGCCACGAGCGGCCGUACAAGUGUCGCGAAGCCGGCUGUGAGCUCAACCCAGGGUUUACCUACUCAGGCGGCCUCCUCAGGCAUCAGCGCGAGGUGCACAAGAUGCACCUGUCGACGAAGCAGCCAUUAUACUGCCCCUUCCCCAAUUGCAACCGGAGUUCCGGAACGGGGUUUACGAGGAAGGAGAAUCUUGAGGAGCAUAAGCGUCGUCGCCACCUGGAGGAGAUGUCGGAUCGAGCCUCGUCGUCACGUCGAGGCUCCUCAAAUCCUCCUCCAGCCACGCUCUUGAGUCAGCACCAGCAGGCAGGGGAGGGAGAGCCGCAGUUCAAACGAAGACGAAUCUCCUCGACGGCGACGAUAGACGACCCUCCCCAGUAUCGUGCUCAUCACCAUCGCCGGCUGGAGCCUGGAAACACCGCUACUGGGACGGCCAUCAAUUCGAUUCCCUCUGGCUCCUCGGUGGCGAUGGAUGCGUCUGGACCUGUGGCCGUGCUACCCGAGAGCGAACUGGUGCGGUGGCUCCGAGCAGAGAUCCAGCGCAAAGAUGAAAUCAUCGUCCGCCACGCCACAGAGCUGCACAGGCUGCAGAACCUCCUCCGCGCCUUGCCACCCCAGACCGUCUACGGUGUCAACGUCAUGCAACCGAGGCUGCAGUCUGGAGGAGGCACUGGAUGA